AUGGAACAAAUAGCCUGUGAGGAAUCGUUAAAAAAUGCUUCGGAUUUGGAGUGUGAGAAGGAUCUCGAAGCAGAUCAUAAAUCAAUCGUAUGCCCCACCCCUCAAAAGAACAAUGAACCCUUGACAAUCAAAUCCAGAGAGGGACAUACCAAUAUGUUCCUGAUAGAUUUGUUUGGUCACAUGAGUUGCUCCCUCAGAUUGUUGCGACUGUGCAAAAAGACUCCAACUUUUGAAAAUGUUUACCGCCAGGUCGAAGUUCUGUCGAAGAGGGAAUUCUCCCAUGCACAUCUUGCGCAGAUGAAGUAUAUACUCCCUGAAGGUUCUCUAGAUUCAACGAAACUUGUGCCAGAUUCCAAUCAAAGCGAGACCUUGCAGGAGCAAUUCCAGUUAUGUCCGUCUUUUCGUAGGCAUUUCUCCGGGAAGAAUAUUGUAUACCACGCAGAAAGGGAGCAGGGGCUUUCAUCCACAAAAACUUCUCCAUCAUCACAUGUGGAAAACGAAGAAAGUGAAAAGGGACUGCAGAAAGGAAGUGUACCAUUAUCUGAUCAAGUGGAUCACCAGAAGGAAUCUUUUUCUACGACUUUUCAAACUAAUGUUGUUAAUACACCGGUACAUAUGAUCCGUCCUUUACAUUCUGUUACUUGCAGUAAUUCUGAAACCCCAGAUAUGAAACAUAUCUCCUGCACCGCUGAUAGUUUUAUGACCGAGACUCCUGCCCAGUUAGCACCUGCAAGAUUAUUGCCUAUUUCUGAUGUUAAGCUUCAGGACAUGCCUAUCCAAGUUUCAUCAGCGUGUCAUAAGCCAGCAAAAAGAGUGCUUGACUUUUCACUCAUGGAGGAUAAUAAUGGCUUGGGCAUUAGAGUACAGAAGUUUGAAUCUAUCAUAGCUCUGCGUGAAAAUGAUAGCUUUCCCGAAUCUAGUCGAGAAUGUGCGGAGUAUUGUUGCACGUCUGUUAGUUCGGCCUUUGUACCUCAAGAGGCAGAAGGACGCCUUGGAUACUCUCUUGAGAAGAUCACCCAAAAGCAAGCUGGUUUAAAUACACGAAUGAAAAGGGACAUGGAAGCGAAUCAAGGAAACACAUUCAAUUGCAGCCAUCCUGUUGUACGACAAUUUAUAGUGGACUGCUUAAGAUAUUGGGUUACAGAAAUGCAUGUGGAUGGUUUUCGCUUUGAUCUUGCUUCUAUUAUGACCAGGAGUAGCAGAAGUGAAGCCUGGAUGUUGGAGGCCUCUACCAAGUUGGCACUUUCCCUCAUUGGGAUAUAUGGUCAAAAUGUGACGUAA